CGGUCGCGCGCGUCGCUCCUCGUGAAUUCUAAUAGCGUGUAGAGCCGCAGAGCUGGAUGGCAUCGCUGGGUGCCCGGUGCCAGACCGGAGCAAGAUAACCACUACGAUCCGUUAGUGUGGAUACAACCUGUGUGGGAGUGCGCCAUUCCUCACGUUUGGAGUUUAUCGUCAUCAGACCACUGAUCAUUAGCCUAUUAUCAGCGCUUCAUUCCUCUGAGGACAUUCCGCACAUCGAGAUUUUACUGACACUGUCAUGUGUGACUCUCUGUGGCAAAAGAACGGGACUCCCGCUCUGUGAAACGGCGCCGGAUGGAUGGAUGGAUGUGUCCGUUCUAGGGCGCACUGGAAUAAUACAGUGAACUGACAAGAGGAUCAGCGUUCCGCUCGGCUCUUUGGUCUGGAGUUCAUCCUUUUUUCCCUCCUCUCGCCAUUUCUGGAAUUGUUAGUGGGAACGUGCAACAUUUCUUCCUAAGGCUUUGGUCACCUGCUAUGUGUCUGGUGUGGAAAAUACCUGGUGGAAGGUGCACAGCGGGAUUCAGUCUGAGAGAACAGGACAUCUGCAACUGAUAAAGCUCCGUUUCUGAUUUAUUUUAUUUCUAAUCUGUGCGUAAUGUACGUGGAAUGAAGACAGAGGAUGGAUAUAAUUUGGGAAAUAUUGAUUAUUCUUCAAGCCAAUUUUAUUGUCUGCAUAUCAGCACAACCAAAUCCGCCGAAAAUUCACGAAGGAUGGUGGGCGUACAAGGAGGUUGUGCAGGGGAGCUUUGUUCCAGUGCCGUCAUUCUGGGGACUGGUAAACUCGGCCUGGAACCUGUGCUCGGUGGGGAAGAGGCAGUCGCCAGUUAACAUCGAGACCAGCCACAUGAUCUUUGACCCCUUCCUCACGCCCAUAAAACUGAACACAGGUGGACGCAAGGUGGGAGGGACGAUGUACAACACGGGCCGCCACGUCUCUCUGCGACUGGACAAGGAGCAUCUGGUUAACAUCUCUGGAGGGCCAAUGACGUACAGCCAUCGUCUGGAGGAGAUUCGGCUACACUUCGGCAGCGAGGACGGCCAGGGCUCCGAACACCUGCUGAACGGACAGGCCUUCUCUGGAGAGGUUCAACUGAUCCACUACAAUCAUGAGCUCUACACAAAUUACACAGAAGCUGCUAAAAGCCCCAAUGGAUUGGUCAUAGUGUCCAUAUUCAUGAAGAUUGCUGAGACGUCAAACUCAUUCCUGAAUCGAAUGCUGAACAGAGACACCAUCACAAGAAUAACAUAUAAAAAUGAUGCGUAUUUACUGACCGGCCUGAACAUAGAGGAGAUUUACCCAGAGACAAAUAGUUUUAUCACAUAUGAUGGAUCAAUGACCAUCCCUCCAUGCUUUGAGACCGCCACAUGGAUCCUGAUGAACAAGCCGGUGUACCUCACACGCAUGCAGAUGCACUCCUUGCGGCUGCUGAGCCAGAACCAGCCAUCUCAGAUCUUCCUGAGCAUGAGCGACAACGUUCGCCCGGUCCAGCCUCUGAACAACCGCUGCAUCCGCACUAAUAUCAACUUCAGCAUGCAGGGCAAAGACUGCCCCAACAACAGGGCUCAGAAGCUCCAGUACCGAGUGAACGAGUGGUUGCUAAAGUAGCCUCCCUUGGAUGAGCAUGGAGACAAGUGUCAGGGAUGGAGAGCGGGACGAGGCGAGGGGAGGAGAGGAGGACGUGAAACCUGGGGUUUAAGGCUGCAUCUCAUCUAAGAUUAUUUCAUGGCAUUGUAUAAAGACAAACACUGGACAUUAUCCGAAUUAAGGAACUUUGUAUUGCGAGCAAAGAGACUCUACUUUUCAUACAUUGAGAACAGUUUGAACCCUCGAUCUAACACAUGCUAACAAGCCCUUUCCCCCACUGUACAACUAUAUCUAUACGGACAUUUUGAUACCAAUACUUUUUUGGGAGAAAACCAAAAAAAGACACUGGGAAAGAAACAAAAAAAGGUAAAGUGGAAGCAUUUAUUUGAUAGCCUCCCAACUAAUAGGACAACGUUGGGACUUUAAAAGCCUUUGUACAUAAAAAAAUGUUGCUAUCAAUGGGAAAAUCUAAGGACUAAGUCACUGCCCCCAUCCCGCCAGUCAAGACGAAGUGGUCAUCACGGUCCCUCACGGACGUUUCAUUCCAGUCACCAACAAGGCAUGCAAUCAGCAAAACCAACAGAAGAGGGAACACAGCCUUACCUUGUCAUUUUUCCAAAACUCGAGUCAUGUCAUGGGAGACGAGCGAAUAUUUACAGGCUUUCUUACGGCCUCAGAACAACCAGUGUCUUGGCCUCGUUUGUACAUAUUAUAAUUAUCAAUACUGCAGAAAAAUGAAUAUGUAAAGAAAAGUAAUGAAUAAACAUUCAAAAGAUAUAUUAAGAGGAUUUUAAAAAAAAAAAGACAAAAAGUUGAGAAUUUUAAAAAGCUUGGCACACUUUGAAUUCUGGAGCAGUUCUCAGUCUGAGCUGAUGCCUUUUUUCUGUUUUAUUGUUUACAAUGGUCAUACACUGUGUUUGAGUAAUGUUAUCAGCCCAAUAAAUGUGUCUGGAAAGUUC